GGAAGUUUAAUGACUUCCAUUUUUUAUAGCAGCUGUGGAGAGUGUCGAGGUUACUGAUAUCAUCCGGUUUUACUGAAAUAUAAAGUUGAGUGUCGUCUGCAUAACAAUUGUAGGCUAUACUACCAAAGUGAUUGCUUAUAUGGCCCAAGGGGAGCAUAUAUAAAAAGAAGGGAAUCGGCCCGAGGACUGACCCCUGAGGCAGCCCAUAAAACAGCAGAGCAGAUGAGGAUUCAUAGUUACCCAUAGAGACCAGAAAUUGUCUGUUUGACAAAUAAGUCACAAACCACUCCACGGCUUUUCCUGAGAUACCAACGCAUCUAUUUAGUCUACUGAUGAGGAUGGAAUGAUCAGAUGGUUACACAACACACAAAGGAGAAGCCAUGAGGUACACACUGCUGAGGCUGCCUGCGCUGAUGUCAUGCCUGUUUGGAGGAAAUAAUUGCAUUGUUGGCUUUGCUACCAACGCUCAGUGGUUUGUGGACCACAAGGCAGACAUGAAGAUAGGCACUGCUGUAAUCAUGCCAACCGCCGGAGGAGACCUGGACCUCUCUUAUGCCAACCUGAACACCGAUGGUACCUGCUGGAGAAUGACUCACCUGGCUAAGAAAACAGACACUCCUGGACGCUUCAUCUUCAGCUCCGAUUUCAUUGGGUGGAGGACAAUGACAUAACCCCCCACACACAUCAAUUCACAUCUAAGAGGAAUGUGGAGGAGGUGUGAGGCUCUGACUGCGUCUCUUCUGUUUAUUUAUCAUUUAAACCUUUACUAAUGGACAGUCAAUUUUGUCAAAGUUCGUGACUAAUUUUACUUAACUUUUUUUUUAGCCAAGAUGGUCACAUUUAACUUAGCACAAAGUGCACUAUUACUGUGAUAUUGCAAACAAGGUUUUUGUAAAAUAAAUACACUUACCCAUCUUCAAAUGGAUCCCUAUUAUUUUGGUAUUCCUCUUCAUCGUUGGAAUCAAACCCUUCAGGCUCUGAAACUCCUCCCUCAUCCUCGUCGCUGUUCUCCUAAAUCGCUGCUAAAACUUAUAUAACUAUGUACUUCUUCGCCAUUUUCUCUCCUCAUC